CUCGUGCCCCCCUCAUCUCUGCGUGCACGACUCUCUCCUCCGCAGUGCACUGCUGGACAGCGCUGAGUGCGGAAUACAGGAGAGCAUAGGCGCGCAUCCGCGAGCAAAGGGACGCGCUUCCGUAUAGUCCUGAAGUCCCGACAGCAGUCAUGCACGACAGCAGCACCUGCAUGGACCUAAUAUGAACUGUCGGAGGGCUGAUGUGCACUUCAUGACUCACACUUACAGAUAUACAGUUUGAGAAGGAAGGAAAUUAUCAGACAUGGAGACCUUGGUGUGGAUCUUGAUUUGUGGAGCGCUGGGGCUGGUGUUUGGCUCGAAACUAGAGCGAGCUAUGGAUGAGGAGUGUGAUUCGAAGCAGUACACUUUCAGUGGCGAGUGCUGUAUUCAGUGUCCACCAGGAGAGGGAGUGAUCAAAGAGUGUGGAGCCAAACAGACCGAGUGCAGUCAAUGCCUGGACAGUGAGACAUUUUCUGAAGUCUACAGUCAUACGGAGAAGUGCCAGGUGUGUAACGAAUGCACAGGUCUCAUGCGCAUGCAGACCCCAUGCACCGACUCCAACGACGCAGUGUGCGUGUGCAACUACAACUACUUCAUGGACAGCCUGUCGGGCCAGUGCCAACCCUGCACCGUGUGUCCGAAGGGCCAGGGCGUGAUGAUGCGCUGCGAAUACGAUCACGACACGAUCUGUGAGGAGUGUACGGAUGAAACUUACUCCGAACAGGACAGCUCACUGGACCCCUGCUUGCCCUGCACCUUGUGCGAAGAGGGCAUAGAGAUUUUAAUGAGAGCGUGCACACCUACAGAAGAUGCCUGGUGUCAUGAUCCAUCUGCUCCCACUACCACCACCCCAUCUCCAAUAGAGUUGAACCCCUAUUUAACUGAUCUGGAUGUUUUAGGGGGCCCCAGUCCUGGAGGGGACAUCACAACACCCAAAACCAGCAACCCUCACUUCAUCGGCAGAGGGCUCAACGAGAACCUGAUCCCCAUCUACUGUUCAAUCCUGGCCGCGGUUGUGGUUGGCCUGCUGGCGUACAUUAUCUUUAAGAGGUGGAACAGCUGCAAGCAAAAUAAACAGGCGGCUAAUAAUCGUGCAGCGACGGCCAAUCAGACGCCAUCUCCAGAGGGAGAGAAGCUGCACAGUGACAGCGGGAUCUCAGUGGACAGCCAGAGUCUGCAGGAGCAGCAGGCACAGACGCAGACACAGGCGCAGGCACACACACAGCUCCAUGCGGCGGAGCAGAUCGUGGUGCGAGUGGACGGAGGGGUUCAACCUGACACUCCUCCACCUCAGGCCUAACUGGUGAGGAACAGAAAGUUACGUGACCAAUGAUGGAGGUGGGACGAGAGGUUGGAGUGAAGGAAACGACAGCAGGAGGAGAAAGGAGGAGCGAAGCCAUAACGGGUGUUCGGCCAGGGAGGCCAAGACUUUUUUGAACCCAGCACAGACAAUUCUUUGACAGGCCGGGUCAUCUGCACCAAUGGAGAUGUCUUCAACAGUCUGGCCUAAAGUAGCUACUACUUCAUAAACAUAGCAACCCCAAAGCGAGUUUGCAGUGUAAUGUAUACCGAAGCCCAGUUCAAACCUCAGCGACCACGAACUUGAAUGUUUUAAGUCUACGGGGUUUCGCAAAUGUUUCACCGUGACCCAGUGACACGAACUCUGGAUCUCUUUGGCUUUCCGAGAGGAUGUAGAGACGGCCGUCACGAGUUUCAUGGAUAUCACGUUAUUUAGCAACUGCACCACGAUUCCUCCACCCGGGGCCUUUUGCUUGAUUUAAUAAGGAUUUAGUUUUUGCCUUAUCUUUGAAGUAUUAAUAGAUUAUGUCUGUAACAUCAAGGCCUUUUAUUUAAUCAGAACUUUUUCAUUCAGCUCCUUCCAGGUGUGUAUUAAAACUGAGGGAGUGGGUGGGUUAUGCAGUUAGCGCGUAACUGCUGUUUGAAAGCAGCUGAUCUCAGGUCAGCGUUUAUGGGCAACAUCUCGCGCCUGUGACAUUUUGCUGACCUUUACUAAAGUAAUGACUCAGAUCUAUACAUAGCUCUGGUUCCUUUUCUCCCUUUCAAACUCUCUGCGACAGCCACUUCUUUAUAAAAACACACGCACAUAGCGUGUCAUGUUUCAUGCCUUUGCUCAUGCUAGUGUAGGUUUCUUUUCGUGAGUGUAGGCUCUUUAAAAAUAAAAAUGCAAACAGAGAGAAGAACCGAACUAAGAACGCUGACUAACAUUGGGAUCAUUACAAAGGAGACCAAAAUUGAAAUACUGAGCAUUUUCAGACCAUCCAGUAUAUGCAGAGGUAACCAACGUUUGGUAUUCAAGGCCGUUUUUGGAUGGGUUACACUGUGUCCUGAAUAGAGAUGGCCAUUAUAAAGAAUUUCCAAAUUCACAUUCCAUUUAACAAUUCUUAUAGUAUUCCUAUUACAUAAGUAUUACUAUAUACUCAAAAUCAAUGAGCCAAUAAUUUUGAUCUACUAAACAAAAAUACUAAACAAAAACAUAUUUUGAUAACAUAUUUUAAUGUUUUUCUUCAAAUUAAAGAUCCACUUAUUACUACGAAA